AGGUUGGAAUGUGAAACCCCUAACUUGGAAAUCUUUACUCUAAUCAUUGGGACAUUUUGACCUUAUAUUUGAAUUGUUUUGAUGAUGAAUGGAGAACCAAAGGGAAAUUUCUUUUUUGGGGAAAAAAUGGGUAAAUUGUAAAUUUUAAUGUUUUGCAGCUGCAGAGAAAGAGGGUCAUGGAGAAGAUAGAGCAGAGCAUGAAGAGGUUGAAGAAGGAGACGGAAGAAAUAAGUGAGGAACAGAAAAGUAUAAGGGAAGGGCAGAGACAAGUUAGUCAAAAGUUUGAGGCGAUGGAAGAAGAAUGCAAGCAGCUUCGGGAGGAGGCGAAGCUCAUAACCAUGUAGGGUAGAAGGACCCAACUCCGCCUCUUGUUCCAAAUUCUCAAAGCCAGGGAUAACAAUGAUCUUGCCAGAGCUUCCGAGUCGUUGACUCAAUUCGCGGUUAGUCCCUUUCCCUUCCAUUAAUUCCAAUUGUCACACAAAUUCCAUUAAUUUGUGUUCCAUUAAUUGUCACACAAAUACUAAUUAAAUUGUCACACAUUU